AUGCAGUACACAACCAUCCCAGCUGGAGCCAAGCCUCCAGCAGCCUCCCUGUCCCCAGACACCCUGCGCUCCUCCGGGGGAAACCGAGGGCCGCCGCCGCCUCGGCCCCGGCCCUGUCCCUGCCCGGACUCACCGCCGAGCCGCCGCCGCCUCGCCACCUCCCCAGCGCGAGUUGGCGGAAAAGUUGAGCGGCGGGCGGAUCGGUGGGACCGGCUCGGGGAGGGGGCGCAGGAGGCGACGCGAGUGGAGGGAAGGGAGGGGAGACAAAAGGGGGGCGCCGAGCGCUGGGGAGGGAGCCGGGGGUGGAGGGGAGCGGGUAACGAGUGGAGGGAGGCGCCGGACCCGACUGGGUUGCGGCCGGGGAGAGCGCGCAGCCGGGAGGCUCCAGCGCCGGGGGCCGCUCGGGACGCGGAGCCCGCCCCGGAUCCGGGGGCGCCGCGGCUCUUACCUCACUCGGCGCUGCGGUUCCGCCUCUGGAGGGUCCGCCGUGGCUUGUGCGGGCGGGCGGGCGCCCGCGUCCCCGGCUCCGGCCCGCCGCCCCCGGGCUCCGCUCGGGUCCUGGCGGGGCCGCGAGAGCCCCACUGCCGGCGCUCGACUCCCAGUGGCGCUCGGAGCUCGGCGCCUCCGGCCCGGGCGGGAACAAUGGAGCCGAAGCUGGUGCCCCGGAGGCGGGGCGGGGGGAGGGCUCCGGUCCGCCGCCCGGGAUUUCCAGACCCCGUAGCCCCCCUCUCCAGCACCGGGCGGCGGCCCUCACGCUUCUGGCAGCCCGGGCUCCAUAGCCCUGCCGGGGCCCCGGCGCCGCGGCUUGCCCGACUGCCGCACUGGUCCCCUGCGCCCCGCGGGGCGCCCCUCGGACCGGAGAAAAGUCCUCGGGCUCCGCCGCUCUUCCAGCUGCGGCGCGCACUGGCGGCCGGGGAAGGCGAGCUCCGGGCACAGCCCGGGCUCCUCCGCGCGCUGCGGCUGGACCAGAGUUCGGGCUCCCGCUCGCCGCCGCCGCGGAAGCCGCCGCACCAGUGCCCGCAGGAGCGCUCCGAGCGCUGUGCGCCGGCGGGGCGCGAGGACUCGCUCUCUCACUCCCACCCCGCGCUGGUCCCACCUCCUCCUCCUCCCCCUGCAGCUGCCUGCUGGGCCUUGUAG